UAGCACCAAUUAUCACAGACAAAAUGUGGUUGCGGAGGUUCAAUUACGCUCCAAGAAGUGUGGUUGCGGAGGUUCGAUUACGCUCCAAGAAGUGUGGUUGCGGAGGUUCAAUUACGCUCCAAGAAGUGUGGUUGCGAAGGUUCAAUAACGCUCCAAGAAGUGUGGUUGCGGAGGUUCAAUUACGCUCCAAGAAGUGUGGUUGCGGAGGUUCGAUUACGCUCCAAGAAGUGUGGUUGCGAAGGUUCAAUAACGCUCCAAGAAGUGUGGUUGCGGAGGUUAAGGCACAAUUCGAGAGGAAUUUGAGGAGGAUAGAGAUGUUGGAUGCAGCCGCCGAGUCUGGCGGGCCGAUUGUGGCUCUGGCGUAGUUGAUUUAUAUCAAAGACUAUACAAUACCAAGAUGUUGCAUGAGGAACAAAUGCUU